CAAACUAUCUCGUCAUUAGAAAAAAUAAUAACUCAAACGAUUCACGGGUUUCACUUGAAUCGUUUGAUUUUCCUGUUUUCGUAAAAUAGUAAAAAAUGGCCAAAGCGCCACCGUCAAUAUCUCUCCUCCUCCUCCUCUCCGCCGCCGUAUUUCUCGCUCUCCCGGCCGUGAUCUCUGCCAUAGGCGUCAACUACGGCACUCUCGGAAACCUCCCACCACCUAAUGAGGUGGCAAAUUUCCUCAAAACUCAGACUUCUAUCGACAGCGUCAAGAUCUUCAAUGUGGAUCCCAAUAUCCUCCGUGCCUUCGCCGGUACCGGAAUCUCCGUCGUCGUUACCGUCCCUAACGGUGAUAUUCCGGCGUUAGCUAACGGAAGACAAGCUCGUCGAUGGGUCUCGGCCAAUAUUUUGCCGUUUCAUCCUCAGACGAAGAUCAAGUAUAUCUCUGUCGGAAAUGAGAUUCUGCUCACCGGAGAUAACAACAUGAUCUCGAAUUUAUUACCGGCGAUGAGGAAUCUUAACAAAGCUUUGGUUCGCGCUGGUGUCAGAGACGUUAAGGUGACAACCGCACACUCACUUAACAUCAUAGCCUAUGACCUGAACGGUGCACCAAGCAGUGGUCGCUUCAGACCUGGCUGGGACAAAGGCGUAUUGGCUCCAAUCCUAGCUUACCAUCGCCGAACCAAGUCUCCUUUCAUGAUCAACCCUUACCCUUACUUCGGUUUCGACCCCAAAAACGUCAACUUCGCCAUCUUCCGUUCACCGUACAAGGCGGUCCGUGACCCGUUCACCCACAAAAUCUACACAAACAUGUACGAUGCUCUCAUGGACUCGACUUACUCAGCCAUGAAAGCUCUUGGCUACGGUGAUGUUAACAUCGUCGUCGGUGAGACUGGCUGGCCGUCUGCCUGCGAUGCGCCUUGGUGCUCUCUUGAAAACGCGGCUUGGUUCAACAAAAACAUUAUCAAACGUUCACAACGACAAGGAACGCCUCUCAUGCCUAAUAGACGGUUUGAGACUUACAUUUUCGGUUUGUUUAACGAAGAAGGCAAGCCCGGUCCAACCGCGGAGAGGAACUGGGGGCUUUUCCAUUCAGAUUUCUCUCCGGUUUACGACGUUGGUCUCCUCAGAAACGGACAAGGUGGUGGCGGCCGUCGUCCAGCACCAGCAUUGCCUGCUCCCACCGGUGGUAAAUGGUGUGUGGCCAAGUGGGGAGCUAGUGAUGCGCAGUUGCAAGGGAAUAUUGAUUGGGUGUGUAGUCAGGGAGGCAUUGAUUGUAAACCAAUCCAAGCCGGUGGUUCGUGCUUUAACCCGAACAGCGUGAGGACGCAUGCGUCUUUUGUGAUGAACGCUUAUUUCCAGAGAAACGGUCGCACUGAUGGGUCGUGUAAUUUCAGCGGAACUGGUGUGGUCGUAGGAAACAACCCAAGCAAUGGUGCUUGUAGAUACUAAGUGAAAGUCUCUUAAGAGAUUUGUCUAACUUAACAUUUUACCAAAAAAAAAGGAGAGAUUUGUCUAUGUAGCACUGUUUGGAAAUACCUAACGUAAUGGUUGCGAGUAACUUUUCAUGGGUUGGAGAGAUCAUCAGCUUUGUGUUUAAUUUCGUAUAUUCUUCUAAUUUUAAGGUUUAUUUAUUUAUUCCUUUUUUGUGUCAAUUACUUUGAUUUGAAUAAAUAAAGGGAACUUAUCAUGA